AUGCUUAUAAAACGUAUCUUGUCAUCUUCUAUUUCUUCUUCAUAUGGCUUUUCUUCGUUGUCCACCUCCUCGAAUUUGUUAAAAAGCGGAAGCAUACUGAAGCAAGCGAGGACAUUUUUCGAUUCUGAUAUUAUUGAGUAUUCCAAGCUGACACACGAUACCAAUCCAUUGCAUUUUGAUGCUGAAUGCGCCAAAAUUGCUGGUUUUAGUGACCGCCUCGUUCCUGGGAUGCUUGUCGCUUCCUUAUUUCCCAGGAUUAUUGCUGCUCAUUUUCCAGGAGCUGUAUAUGUUUCACAAACAUUGCACUUCAAAUUACCUGUUUAUAUUGGAGAUGAGAUCAUUGCUGAGGUACAAGCUGAUGAUGUCCAUCUCAUUGAAGAA